AUGACAACCGACCUAUUUCAGUCACUGCUCUUGUUCCUGAGCGAAACCAUCGACUGGGAAUAUAAAACAAUCUCUGUUCAAUGCCUCAUUCCGGCGUUCGUCGCCACUAAAAUGGUGCACUUAGAGGAAGGCUCAUUAUUCGUGGCCACGCCGGAAGAGUUUGCCAAGGCAGCUGUCAAUACUAUUGGACUAACCAAAAGAACAAGUGGUUGCUUCAAGCAUGAGAUACAGGUCGGUCGCUGUGACUUACAAUAA